CUCCAUGGUGAUGCCAUCACUGAAACUGAUGUGCUCUACGGAAGUCGCUAACAAAAACGUACAGUACAAGAAACUCCCAUGUACUGUACGUACCGGUACGUACGUAUGUACAGGUCUUAAUUUUCAUCGUUGUUUCCAACAACAAACUGCUCGGUACGUCACGGAAAGAUUCCUUGAUGCUGUGAAGUUGUCCCUCACAAAAGCCAACUUGGCGAAACAAACGACGGAAACAACAUGGUAGAAUUUUUAUUUCAUUCAGCCUUCCUUUUAGGAUCUCUUAUCAACUGCAACGACGUUUCGGCCUUUGUUUUGCAGCCAUUGGCUCCGACCGGCASAGCUGACGUCGCGUCCGGGUCCACCGAACUCUUUCUAGCGAAAAAGCAAAAGAAGAAACCGAAGAAAGUAGCAGCAUCGAGUGGAGGUUUUGGCAAAGUUGAUGCCAGUGUCAAGCCCAAGCCUGACAAUGACUAUGCCGUAUUUCCCGCUCUAGAGACCAAGGUUCGCGAAACUCUCGUUCCAACUCCACCGAGCAUGGUGGAGGAAAUAGAAUCGACGGGAUCGAUCCCCAACGAAAUUUACCAUCGACUGGAUCAGAUUUACGGAUUUCCCGAUUUCAACUACGAAACAGCGUUGGUAGAAGAGGUUUCGGAUGACGGUGACGACGGCGGUGGAAGUUUUUCACUGGAAGAUCUCAUGGCUGCUCCGGAAUCACCGUCUGCAACAGAGAAAAAGAAAGGGAGCACAACAGACGCAUUGGACUUCAACGAACUGAUAGCCGCAGCAACCGGCGGUCCUGUCGAAGCUUCUGCCAGUGYGAUGGAUAAUGACGUCGAUAGCGAAACAACAGCUGCGAACGCAGAGGAAAUGAAAAACGCAAUUUCGAGCUUGCCGCCCUUUGAAAAAAUUAACGUUCUGCAUCUGGAUCCUUUGGUAUUGUCCAUCGACGACUUUUUUACUGAGGAGGUGAGUGCUGUGGAACCCGACUUUUUUUGUAGAAAGAGGAAGCCAUUUGGAGUGCUCUAUAGCAAUKUUGUAAUGCRUGCUAAAUUGUASUCCRURUCCCUCUCUCCCGCUCAYGACAACCACCUCUGUCCAAUUCUAUCAAAAAAUCAAGGAAUGCGAUCGAUACGUAGAGAUGUCGCUCGCACCGGUAACCGAUGAAGGGAGCCAAAAGACAAUGGAUAGCUUCAAAACGCGAUCGAAAACUGUUGGAAAGGACAAAAAUGCCAAGUCGCAGCGAACGAGCACUACGUGGUUCCAUCAUUACAAGAACGUCCCCGAGCUCAUGUCCAAGGCAAGCCGACUGGUAGGAUUGGACACGAUCGAUCGGUGGGAAGAGCCCCAAACCGUUMGGUACAAGCGAAACGAAAAGUUUACCUGGCAUCUAGAUGCCCUGGCMCCCGAUCAAUCAACGGCCGAAAAGGGUGGCCAGAGAUUGGCAACGCUUCUGGUGUACCUGAAGGAUCUGGAAUCCGGAGGAGCCACCAUCUUCCGAGAUCUAACACCGGCAACGGGAGAGACCGACGACAAUGCGAGUGGUUUUCUAAAAGUGUAAGUGUUCAAAAAGACCGGGAUGCUUUUGUGACCAAAGCUUUUCUCAUCCGUUUUCUAUCUGCCUGUUUGCUCGGGAUACACAUCACCGCGGAAUUCACAGUCAACCCAAAAAAGGGUCUGCACUCAUGUUUUUUCCGGCAGCGGGUGGCAUCCCAGGCGCUCCUUUCGACAUAAGGACUCUGCAUUGCGGAGAAGUGGUACCAGGAGCGUCCGAAACAGACAAGUGGAUAUCGCAGUUGUGGUUGCGUGCGACAYCCUACACUCCUACAGCGCCACCUGGCAAUUUACACGAGGAGGCGCUGGACAGAGUGAAGGAAUAUUGCCAGUGAAGACCUCGAACAAUGGAAUGCGAUGAAAUAGCCGAUCCAGUCGUUCCGUAGGGCGGCAAUUCAGCUAUAGAGCACGGCCAGGGAUAAAAWCAUAAAGAAUUA